AUGGAGCGACCACCAGCAACUCAUCCCCAAUGGAUCCCACGAAGCAACAUCUCCAUCUUCAUCCACGCGUUACACCUUCUCGACCUCGACCUCCUCCCCGACUGGCCCGGCAUCACCGAGUCCCUCUUCACCUCCAAACCCGUGCACACCCAGCAAACACGCGUCAAAUCCACAGAAUGGGGCCUCUAUCACCUCUUCCGCCUCUACUCCCUUCCAGACACACAGUCGCGGCUGUCUCCACACUUCCCGUCCACCACGUCGUUACAGAGCAAGAACCUCCGCGCGGCGCUGUAUAAAUGGCUGGGGGAGCUGAAGUCGACGGCAGUCCUGCCGAGGGAAGUUGUCCUGCGAAAGACGAUGCUCGAUGAAUGCAAAGGCGAGAAAUUCGAGGAGGUGCUCGCCAGGUUCGCGAUGGUCGUGCUCAAGAAAACUCGGUUUCCCAGGGACCAGGAAAGGAUAACGCGAGAAAGACAUGUCAAUGUCAGUGAGCAGGAUGUCGGGACUCUCGUGCCGUUGAUCAUGGCACAUCGGGCGUCUCUGCAGCGGUCGCUCAAGGCACGGCAGGAUCUAAGGGACAAGGCGACGGCAUUUUCGGAGCGGUUGGCGCAACUGCAGCAGGAGAUUCUCCCCGAGUUACAAGAUCUGCCGGCUGAGAGCGACAGCGUUGAAGUCCUACCGGCGAGAGAAUACGAACUGCUCCGACAACAAGUCGAUCUGGCGUUUGCAACUGACAGGCGCUGGGCGAGGUAUGUCUUCGAAGGCACUGCAGGACAGGUUUCCGCGGCCUCGAUGCAGAAGAGAUUACCUGAAUGGCCAUUCGAUGACCCUGGCCCCGACCUCGACCUGAGGGCUGUAAUGCCAAAGGACAACUCGUCUUCGGACGGCGCCAUAACGGGUCCAGAAGAGGAUGUUGACGAACCAAUGCGCGAGCUCCAACUUUUGAUGUCUCAAAACGAGGAUCGGCUCGCGCACCUGACGCGAUUGCAGGGGUCUCUCCUCCCGUCAACGGAAUCCGAAAGCCACCUAGAAGAUGUGGCACCAGAAUUACCCGACUUCGGUGUGGUUGAGCUUCACCACGGCACAUCCCCAACAAGACAGCCCGUCUCUAGUACGCCGAAGCUGAGAUUUCAUAAACACCAGGACCUCACGCUCAGCCCUUGA